UUAAAAGAAUGCGAGACGGAAAAUUGCAUUUGUUUUUGUUUUUUGUUUAAUUUCUUGAUAAAAGAUAACGUGUAUAUUUUUUUUUAAUUAAAAAUUUUAAAAUAUUACGCCGACAAAAUAUUAAAACCAAUAAGAUUGAAAACGAUAAUGUAAUUCUUAAGGAAAUUGGAAAUAAAAAUAAAUGAAACUUCGUAACCUUAGAGUUUGAUUGAAAAAUAUGGAUCCAAUAAUAUUUUUAUCUAUCCUAUUCGGAAUAUAUUGUGUUAUGUCGUUCUUCGACAUGUUUUUCAAAAGCUGUAUGCAUUAUCCUUACCAUUCGUUUUUACAUAAAACAGGUUUAACAGUGCAAUUUUUACGUAUAAAAUGGCAUACUACAGCUUUUAAUCGCACAAUGUUCCGAUGGGGCUCUUCCAGUAAAUUAUUGAGUUUUUCAUUCAACAUCGGCGUAUUCUUUGCCUUAGCCCUUAUACCAAUCAGCGUAAUUAUAUUAAUAAUGACUCUUUUUAAAUGGGAUUUGGGAAGCGGAAAAGUACCAAGUUCAUCAACUACAAGUUCAUCAACACAAGCAAUACCACAAAUGCAAAUUCUGUUACCAGGUGUUACGUUACCUCUCCAAGAGAUUGGUUUUUAUGUAGCGACAUUAAUAAUAUGUUCUAUUCUUCAUGAAAUGGGACAUGCAUUAGCGGCUGUUUUAGAAGAUGUUCCAGUUUCGGGGUUUGGAAUAAUGAUAUAUUUUUGUUUUCCAUUUGCUUUUACACGCAUUAGUCCAGAUCAUAUGAACUCUUUAAGAUUAUUUCGAAAGUUAAAAGUUUUAUGUGGCGGAAUAUGGCAUAACAUAUUGUUAGCUGUAUUUUGUUAUUUAAUCUAUUCUACAUUAGGAUUUAUAGCUAAACCAUUUUAUCAAGUCAAUGAGUCACUUAUAAUAACGUCAAUAAAUAAAAAUUCUCCUUUACUAGGUGAGAAAGGGCUUUUUGAGAAAGAUAUUAUUACACAUAUAAAUGAUUGUAAAACAUAUGAUAUGGAUUCGUGGUAUGAUUGCCUUAUAAAAUCCAUACGGUCAAGACCUGGAUAUUGUGUUUCAUCAAAUUUUAUUCAUAUAAAUGAUGAAAGCAGCCGUGUUUAUCAUGGGCCUGAUGGAGUAAUUCAAUGUUGUGCCGAUCCAAAGAAUGAAAAAACAUGCUGUUUUGAAUAUAUCGAAGAUUUAAGCAAUGAUGAUCCAAUAGAAAUUCCUCAGCAUCUUUGCUUGGAUAUUCGUAAAACUAUUGAAGAUUCAAGUACAUUUUGUAGUAGUCAAUGUGAUCGAGGAUUUUGUAUUCGACCACUCUUAAAAAACACAACGGCAAUAAUUACAAUAAAACGUGAAAAUAAUCCAAAGGACGUAAUAUUUGUUGGACAUCCUGUUGACAUUUCACGUAGUAUAGAGGUAUCACAGUUUGUUCCUAAAGUAAAUAUAUUUACUCCAGGAUUUGCAGACACAAUAUCGUUGUUUUUAAAAUAUAAUAUUGUAUUUUCCCUUGGAUUAGCAGUAGUAAACGCUAUUCCAUGUUUCGGAUUAGACGGAUAUCAAAUAUCAAGCACAAUAAUUAAUAGCAUGCUUAUAAAUAAAGUAACCGAGAGAAAUAAGAGAGAUUUAAUAACAAUUUUAGUAACUAGUUUAGGAUCAUUUCUACUUUUUAGUUGGACUUUAAAAGUUUUAUGGAAAUCGAUUUUAGAGAAAUUUAUUUGAACUUCUUUAAUAACGAAGCUCUAUAAUAUUAUUUAAUUUAGAACUUAAAAUAAUUAUGUAUAGGAAAAUUUAGAAUCAGAAGUUUAUUAUCAAAGCAAAAACAUAAACCAAAAAGGAAUAAUUGCAAUUUAGA